UUUCAAUACACGUAGUAAACAUUGACAGACAACUCACAGAAACAAAAGCACUUUGGAAUCCUCACUAAUCUCCAAGAGUGUAGAAAUUUGCACCCCGCUGCCCUCCAACCUCUCUCUUUAGCAAGCUUGGCUGGUGAGGCACGCACUGCGUUCUUCUCCCUGCUCAUAUGGCGGCUUCCGACUCGCCGUCUCUAAUCCAAAACGACUGCCAGCAACAGCUCUGCCGGGAGUCUGUAGAAUGGAGAUUUCACUUUAUAUUUUUCUGAGUCUCAGUGCUCUGAGGGAUCUCUCUGGGGUGUUUCCUGAUGGCUCGAGCGACAGGUCCUUGUUGAUAAGCUGUUUGGAAGUUGCAGACAAGAGCAGGGCUCCUUCUGGGGUGUUUGAGGAUCGCCACGGGACUUCUGCUUUACAAGCUUGACUCAGGCAGACGAAUGGUAUUUCUUAGAAGCCAUUUGGGAAGCUUCCACGGUCGGAGCGCCUUCCACCUUUGGGGCGUUCUACACAGGCCAGCGCCGGGCCGUAGUAACUGCUCGCGUGGGGUUUGGAAAGGAACGAAUAAUUCAUUUACAGGGACAAUUCGGAAUGGAUUUAAGCAGAUUUUCCUGGUGAUGAAAGACUCGUUAGCUUCCAGAAAAUCAGGCCCAAAGCCUUCGUACCCACUUCCUAGUGUGAAGCCGCAUUCCUGCCUACACUCCCACUGGGGAGGUAGGCGCGCCCCGCCCACGGCGGCGAGGAACGACCUGGAAUGGAGAUGCCCUGACACUCAGACCUGCUGUCAGCUUUUCCGCGCUCCGCAGGACCCCGCGCUCCGAGCCCGCCAGCCAGAUGCAUGCAGGAACAUCAGUAUGCUACACGAGACGCCUUCAGCAGGCCAGCCUUUUGCUUUUAACUGUACAUACCCUCCACUAACAUUCAGGAAUGUGUAUGUAACAUGGUACAAACAUCCUAGUAAGAUCCCAAUAUCCAAAAACAUACAGUCUAGGAUUCACCAGGACCAAAACUGGAUUUUGUUUCUCCCCCUGACGUGGGAGGACUCUGGGAUCUACCACUGUGUUAUCAAUGAUACCAACACCUGUCACAGCAUACAUGUAAACCUAACUGUGUUUAAAAAGUAUUGGUGCAGUGCUUCCAGGAACAGUCAGCCGAAUUUACUGGACGAGUACAAGCAAAUAUUACAUGCUGGGAACGAUGACAGUCUUACAUGUCAUCUGAACUUCCCGAGGAGUUGUGUUUUGGAUUCAAUAAAGUGGUAUAAGGACUGUAAAGAGAUUAAAGGAGAGCGGUUUACUUCUGUGGGAAAAAAGCUUUCAGUGAACAAUGUCUCGGCAGAGGACAGAGGGAACUAUGCGUGUCAAGCCACACUGACACACACAGGGAGACAGUACACUGUUUUAAACAGAAUUACUGUAAAUAUCACAGAAAAAGUUGGAAAUGGAAGAAGAAUCCCCAAGAUCAUUUAUCCAAAAAACAAUUCAAUUGAAGUACAACUCGGCUCCACCCUUAUUGUAGACUGCAAUAUAACAGACACGAAGGACAAUACCAAUCUACGAUGCUGGAGAGUCAAUAACACUUCAGUGGAUAUUUACUACAGUGCUUCCAGACGAAUCCAAGAAGGAAUUGAAAAUGAAACUUCUUUUCAGGACCAUAAGUUUUACACAGUGAACAUAACCUUCUUAGAAGUGAAAAUGGAAGAUUAUGGCCAUCCUUUCACAUGCCAUGCUGGAGUGUCGGCAGCAUACUUCGUGUUAAAACUCCCAGUUCCAGAUUUUCGAGCUUACCUUAUAGGAGGGCUUGUCGCCUUGACAGGGGUGGUGGUGUCUGUCUUGUGCAUCUACAACAUUUUUAAGAUCGACAUUGUACUUUGGUAUCGAAGUGCCUUCCAUUCCACUGGGACCAUAGAAGAUGGGAAGCUGUAUGAUGCCUAUGUCUUAUACCCCAGGCCUCAAGGAGAAAGCCAGAGCCAUGAUGUGGACACGCUGGUGUUGAAGAUCCUGCCCGAGGUGCUGGAGAGGCAGUGUGGAUAUAAGUUGUUUAUAUUUGGCAGGGAUGAAUUUCCUGGACAAGCUGUGGCCAAUGUGAUUGAUGAAAACAUUAAGCUGUGCAGGAGACUCAUCAUCAUCAUAGUCCCCGAAUCGCUGAGCUUUGACCUACUGAAGAACAUGUCAGAAGAACAAAUCGCAGUCUACAAUGCUCUCCUCCAGGACGGGAUGAAGGUCAUUCUGAUUGAACUGGAGAAAGUCGAGGACUAUACAUCCAUGCCAGAGUCAAUUCAGUACAUCAAACAGAAGCAUGGGGCCAUCCAGUGGAGUGGGGCCUUCACAGAGCAGUCACAGUGUGCCAAGACCAAGUUCUGGAAAAAAGUGAGAUAUCACAUGCCACCCAAAAGGUAUCGACCACUGUCUCCUGUCCAGCUGCUGAAGCGCACGCCCUGCGACCUCACGGCUGGCACGUGGGAGGCCAGCGUGGGCUUCAUCACCCCGUGAUGGAGAGUUUGUCAUCACAGGGUGGCUCACAGCUGGACAAGGAUGCAUUGUACUUGGGAUGUCUGCGUGAAGCUUGCCGUUGUGUACUUGUGAGAGGGCCUGUGUUGGUUUGCUUGUUAUGAUCAGAGCUGCUUCUUUAGGGAAAGACAUCACCUCCCCAGAAAGCCCUCAGUAACCUGUCGGCUCUGAACACUCAUAAACAGUCGCUGAACAUGGAGUAGCUUUAGCAUGUGGGGCCCUGGAGAAGAGGACACGGAGGGUGUAGAGCUGCAGUCAGAUGGCAGGAAAUUUAGCACAGGAUGUGGCACCCUUUUGGGGGUGGAGAUGGGAACCUGGGCGGUCAUGGGCUUGGGGAGGGCUGGCGAGGAUAAUGGCACUUUUCUCAUGCCUGACCGGUGUCCACAGGGCCCUGUUCCUCAGGGAAUAUUUGCUGUGUCUAUGACCCCCUCUCACCUCUCUAGUGCAAAUAAAUAGCUGUGACCACAAUCUUAGCACGUCGAUACUGGAAGUGACUUAGAGGUCACCUAGACCAGUGGGGACCAACUGUGGUGCCACCCGAUUGCCCUUCAGUCACCCUCCCUGGGGGCCUUGGGGUGCCAUGCUUUGGAAGACUUCAUCUGUCAAAUCAAAGUAAGUAACAAUUCACUUAUUUUCCAGUGGGGCUGUGUCAGCCAGAAUUCUGCACAAUGUGCUUGACGACAUCAAGCCUUAAUAGGUGGCCUGCUAUGAUCUGAGUGUUUGUGUCCCCCAAAAUUCCCAUGUGGGAAUCCUAAUGCCCAAUGUCAUGCUGUUAAGAGGUGGGGCCUU